UGUACUAGCAAAGGAAGUAAAAGAGAGAGACUUGGAAAAAUCUUUUUGGCGUGUAGCAAUAGAGGAUGGGGGAAUGGUCUUCUUGAUCUUUGUAGGAAGUGGAUUGUUUAGGAUGAUUGCCGAGCUUAGCAAUGUUAUCCAUGUGAGUGCUAUUUAAUGAGCAUGGCAGAAUAGGAGCGAGAUUGUUCUGCUGGUACUCGAAUACGAUGAGAAGGCAGGAGUUCUUCUGGGAUUGAUUUUUAAGGGGUGAGAGCAUUUGUGAACCAGAAUCCCUUGCCAGCGAGCUAAAGCUUCUCUAAUAUUGACUUUCGUGAUACUGCAGUAGGAUAAAUGGGAACUCUCCCUUGGACAUUAGCAAUAUAAAUAGAAAUCUAGUUGGAUUUCAAGUGGCGUCAUCCAUUGACAGAAACUGCUGUGGAUCUUACAAGGGAAUAUCAAUCCUUCACACUCCUUGUCUCCACACAAAGGGAUGGUUCUUUUUCCCCGAUCUUAUGGAUGUCACUACUGGGAACUCCCAUUCCAGUGAAGAGCAACCCGUGGAGUCUUGCAAGUCCUUGGAAGAAGGAAAAGAAGCUGUAGGAAAAGAUACAAACAACUCUUUGUUUGUCAAUCAUGCGGAAGUAGCUUGGCAUGAGAGUAGAAGGAAGUGGGUUGGAGAUCAGACUCAAAGAUCACCAAAAAUGGUCAAGGAUGAAAUCAUAAGCUGGUCCACAACUUACGAGGAACUUUUAUCGACUAAUGAACCUUUUUCCGAGCCCAUUCCUCUUCCGGAGAUGGUCGAUUUUUUAGUUGAUAUCUGGCAUAGCGAAGGCCUCUUUGAUUAGACCAUGGAUCUUUCUCGUCAUUCUGUAACAUGAUGGAGACAAUCUGGAGAGGCAAUACCCUGAAUUGAUGGAAUAUUACCAAGGUCAAGGAACUCGAAGAGUGAUUUGUCCAUUGAGUUAUCAGAUCAAGCCAUGGAUUUCCUUAGACGACCGAUUACUUCGCAUGGUUCUUUGCUGACAUUAGUCUGAGAUGCUAGACAUUCAUAGGUUAGUGCUCCAUUCUAACCAUCUAAUCCUGAAUGUUUCCGAAUAAUACCGGAAUUAUGCCUCAAAUGCCAGUGGAUCACCGAACGAUGGCUUUCCUGUAUCGUACUAGUGGUUGUAAUCACCUACAGUAUAUAUGUUGCUCUUAUCAAUGGGUGGCCUGAGGGUAGGUAUUAUUUUC